AUGGGAAAAGCAGCCGAAACAACCAAGCGAACUGUCGUCAACCCCAGGACGACCGAAUUUGAAUUCGGCGGUCGGAUCGGAGCGCUCGGCGUUACUUUAUCGGUCCCGUUCUUCACCUAUUGGCUGAAUCUGGCGUGUACUCCUCAAACUGGAUGUUUGCUGGGUCCCAAAAUCCUGGACCUUCGGACUCUAUGGAACACGACGAGCUUCUUCAGUCUCGAGGCUUGCUACGUCUAUCUUGGAUGGUAUAUGUACCUUGUACUCUGCUGGCUAGUACUCCCUGGCAAAUCGGUUGAUGGUACUGUCUUAAGAGAUGGUACACGAUUAUCUUAUAAAAUUAAUGCUUUCAAUAGUCUCAUAUGCACCAUCCUUCUCACGGCCGGGGUGUUUGCUCGAUGGGGCGACUCUCCCUUCUUGUAUAUUAUCGAUCAUUACGUCGAGUUAAUUACUGCCAGUUUAAUCAUGAGUAUCUCCCAAGCAGUAUAUUGUUAUUGGAGCAGUUUCCAACCCGGUCGGAUCCUAGCGCUUGGUGGCAACAGCGGCAACGUAAUCUACGAUUGGUUCAUCGGUCGAGAGCUAAAUCCAAGAAUUGCGAGCUUUGAUAUCAAAACCUUCAACGAGAUGCGGCCUGGUCUGAUUUUGUGGGCGUUAUUGGACUUCUGCUGGGUUAUCAAACAAGUCCACGAAUUCGGAAAACCCUCAAACAGCAUCCUCCUUGCCUUCAUCUUCCAAUUUUGGUAUGUUUUUGAUGCUGAAUACAACGAGGACAUAAUUUUGACUCAAAUGGAUAUCACGACUGAUGGAUUUGGGUUCAUGUUAUCGGUGGGAGACUUGACUUGGGUACCAUUUACUUAUUCACUGCAACUAGUAUAUCUCUCCUUCGUACCACUACAUCUCUCCAAUUUCGAACUGGCGUUGGUGCUCGCUGUCCAACUCGUGGGCUACGGAAUUUUCCGAAUUUCGAAUGAAGAAAAGAACGCCUUUCGUCGCAGAUCGGAGAACCCUAAAGGCUUGAAGUUUAUGGAAACCGAAAGAGGGACGAGGCUUUUGAUCUCCGGUUGGUGGGGAGUGUCGAGACAUCCCAAUUACUUGGGAGAUUGGAUCAUGGCAUGGGCAUGGUGUUUACCCACAGGCAUUUCCACCCCAAUUACCUACUUUUAUGCGAUCUACUUUGCUAUUCUAUUGGUCCACAGACAAAUGAGAGAUGAACAUGCGUGCGAGAAAAAAUACGGUAAAGCCGAUUGGAAUAAAUACAAGAAACUUGUUCCCUGGAAGAUUAUCCCAUACAUUUAUUGA